CUCUCACUUUAAUUCUCUGUUCUUUUCUUCUCUUUCAAUCCAAGCUUUCUCCCCCAACAAAUCUUCGUAUAAUCUCUGCAAAUUCACAGCUCAAAUGAUUGUUUUUAGCUUUGGAUCCAUGGUAUGAUAACAAGAUCUUUAUUGGUGCAGACGGAGAAUGAUCGUGUCGAUUAGUUGAUGAAAAGCUUUUCAAAUUUCAGCUCUCUCUUGUUGGUCGGUUUGAUAUAGUAUUGGAGUUAUAAUUCACGUAGAUGAUAUAGAAUUUUCAGCCGAAGAUCAUGGCCAAAAGAGGAGCUCAAACAUGUGGAUUAUUUAUCAUCUCCAUGUUCUUCUUCUUCUUCAGUUUUGGCAUGUCCGCAAGGGAGGAGAUAGAGCUGCUGCUAUCCUUCAAAGCUUCAAUCAAUGAUCCGCUUGGGUUUCUCUCCAAUUGGAAUUCCUCCGUUGAUUUCUGCAACUGGUAUGGUAUCUUAUGUACGAACUCAUCUCAUGUUUCCAGUAUUGAUCUCUCCGGGAAGAACAUCUCCGGCGAGAUUUCUCCUGUACUUUUCGGUUUGCCGUAUAUUGAAACUCUCAAUCUCUCCAACAAUGCUCUUUCCGGUGGAAUUCCGGGCAACAUCUCUUUGUGUUAUUCACUUCGAUAUCUCAAUCUUAGUAACAAUAAUUUGACGGGUUCUAUGCCAAGGGGCUCAGCUUCCGGGCUUGAAGCUUUGGAUCUCUCCAACAAUGUGAUUUCCGGUGAAAUUCCAGCGGAUAUGGGAUUAUUUUCCAGACUCAAGGUGCUUGAUCUUGGUGGAAAUUUUUUGGUGGGGAAGAUUCCAAAUUCUAUUGCAAAUAUCACAAGUUUAGAAUUCUUGACUUUGGCUUCCAACCAAUUGGUUGGUGAAAUUCCUAGAGAAUUAGGCCGAAUGAAGAGCUUGAAGUGGAUUUACUUGGGCUACAACAAUCUCUCCGGUGGUAUUCCAAAAGAGAUAGGCGAGUUAACUUCUCUGAACCAUCUUGAUCUUGUCUACAACAAUCUCACUGGUGAAAUCCCAUCCUCCCUUGGAAACCUCAGCGACCUUCACUUCCUCUUUCUCUACCAAAACAAGCUUUCGGGUUCAAUCCCUCCUUCCAUUUUCGACCUUAAAAAGUUGAUUUCGCUUGAUUUAAGCGAUAAUUCUCUUUCGGGUGAGAUUCCGGAGCUUGUAAUUCAGUUGCAGAACUUGGAGAUUCUUCAUUUGUUUGCCAACGAUUUUACUGGGAAGAUUCCAAGAGCUUUAGCUUCUUUGCCUCGGCUUCAAAUCCUCCAACUAUGGUCCAACAAAUUGUCCGGGGAGAUUCCGAAGAACCUUGGCAAACAAAAUAAUCUCACAGUACUGGACCUCUCCACCAACAAUCUCUCCGGAGAAAUUCCCGAAAGCCUUUGCAACUCAGGGCGCCUCUUUAAACUCAUCCUCUUCUCAAACUCACUGGAAGGUGAAGUCCCAAAGAGUUUAAGUGACUGCAGAAGCUUGCGGCGAGUCCGCCUUCAGAGCAAUCACUUCUCAGGUGAAUUGUCGUCGGAAUUCAUGAAGCUGCCCCUAGUCUACUUCCUUGAUAUCUCGGAUAACAAUCUUACAGGCAAAAUCAGUGAUCGGAGGUGGGAUAUGCCAUCACUUCAGAUGUUGAGUUUAGCAAGAAACAGAUUUUUUGGGAACUUGCCUCAGUCUUUCGGUGCUAGCAAGCUCGAGAACUUAGACUUGUCAGAAAAUCAGUUUUCCGGCGCCGUCCCGUCGAGUUUUGGGAACUUGUCCGAGCUCAUGCAGUUAAAGCUGAGUGAAAACAUGCUUUCAGGUGAUAUCCCAGAAGAAUUAUCGUCAUGUAAGAAGCUUGUGAGUCUAAACCUCAGCCACAAUCAGCUCAGUGGUCACAUUCCCGCUAGUUUCUCUGACAUGCCAGUUCUUGGACAGCUCGAUUUGUCUCAGAAUCAAUUAUCUGGCAAAAUCCCACCGAAUUUAGGGAGAGUGGAAUCACUUGUUCAAGUGAAUCUUUCCAACAAUCAUUUGCAUGGCAGUUUACCUUCCACCGGAGCGUUCCUCGCCAUCAAUUCAAGCUCAGUUUCAGGAAACAAUCUUUGUGGUGGGGAUACUACAAGUGGGUUGCCACCAUGCAAAAGGUUAAAAACCCCAGUUUGGUGGUUCUUCGUCACUUGUUUUCUGGUUGUUUUGGUGGUGCUUGCUCUUGCUGCUUUUGCCGUUGUGUUCAUCCGACGCCGAGAUGGAUCAGAGCUCAAGAGAGUAGAACAUGAAGAUGGGAUGUGGGAAAUGCAGUUCUUUGAUUCCAAGGCCUCAAAAUCAAUCACAAUCAAAGGCAUACUGUCAUCUACAACAGAAAAUAAUGUGAUUUCAAGAGGAAGGAAAGGGAUUUCAUACAAGGGGAAGACUAAAAAUGGUGAGAUGCAAUUUAUGGUGAAGGAAAUAAAUGAUAGUAACUCAAUUCCUUCUAGUUUCUGGACAGAAUUCGCUCAAUUUGGUAGGCUUCGGCAUUCAAAUGUUGUCAAGCUAAUCGGACUGUGCCGGUCUCAAAAGUGUGGAUAUUUGAUUUCUGAGUACAUAGAAGGGAAGAAUUUGAGUGAAGUUCUUCGAAGUCUAAGCUGGGAGCGUAGACAAAAAAUUGCCAUUGGGAUAUCAAAAGCCCUAAGAUUUCUGCACUGUAAUUGUUCACCCAGUAUGGUGGUCGGUAACAUGUCACCACAGAAGAUCAUAAUCGACGGAAAGGAUGAGCCUCACCUGAGACUGAGUCCUCCAUUGAUGGUCUGUACAGACUUCAAAUGCAUCAUAUCCACAGCCUAUGUUGCCCCAGAAACCAGAGAAACUAAAGACAUAACCGAGAAGAGCGAUAUCUAUGGAUUUGGCCUCAUUCUGAUCGAACUAAUGACCGGCAAAAGCCCCACCGACGCAGAAUUUGGCGUGCAUGGAAGCAUUGUGGAGUGGGGUCGUUACUGCUACUCAGACUGUCAUCUUGAUAUGUGGAUUGAUCCAAUAAUUAGGGCACAGGUAUCAAGCAAUCAGAACCAGAUGGUUGAAAUCAUGAACCUAGCCCUUCACUGCACUGCCACUGACCCUACUGCAAGACCUUGUGCAAGCGAUGUAUUGAAAACUCUAGAGUCUGUGCUGAGAUCAAGUUCUUGUGUUUCAGGCCUGAAAUUUUCUUCACCUAUUUAGUAUUUCCCCCCCAUGAUUUUUUUCUCCACUUUCUUUUUUUGUUUUAAUUUUUUUUCCUGGUAUUUUUAUUAAUAGGCAAGAAUUAUGAGUGAUCAGUGUUAUUACUCAAAUGUUUUGUUUGAUGUUAUGAUGAUAUACUAGUGAGUGUAAAAAUGUAGAUAAACUAAAAGCCAUUAUAUGAAUUACAGCUUUUUCUCUCAGUUACCA